CGCCUCCCCGCGGCCUGUCGCCCCACCGGACGCCGAGCCCCGAGCUCAGCCAGAAGCCGCGGCGGGCGCGCCGUUGCUUUCCCGUCGGCGAGUUCCAGGUUUGACUAAUUCCAAAAGAACUUCCCCUUCGUGGUAAGAUGGAGAGUUUAACACAUCGGUUGGAACUCUUUCCUGACUGCCUGGUUACUCUUAUCCUGUUUAAUGAAGUGAAGAAUGCUGCCAUUCUAAGAAAAAAAGCCAUGGAAGGUGCUAUAGAGGGAGCAUUAAUUAGUCCUACAGUGAUUGUUGAUCCAUUUCAGGUCCUUGUGGCAACCAAUAAAGCUGUUCACCUUCACAAGAGUGGAAAAAUGAAGACAAGAACACUUAACGCAGAAAUAAUAUUCAACCUUUCACCUAACAAUAAUAUUUCAGAUGCCUUGAAAAGGUUUGGCAUUUCGGACAGUGAUUCUGCCGUUCUUAUUGUUCUGGUGGAAGACCAAGAGAAAACAGUGAAUCUGGAAAAUGUAAUAAGUCAAGUGGAUGGCCAGCAAGUCCCUCUGACUGAUCUCCCCCAGAUAACGGACAUAUCGAAAGUCAAAAAGAUAUACAAGCUCACACCACAGGAAGAAAAAAUAGGAACACUGCUGGAUGGCAUCAUUUGUAGAAUGGCAACAAAAGAUGCUUCAUGAAUGCAUAGUUACAUACUGUGGCUCAUUUAUGAAAGACACAUGUACUUUAAUUCUUUUGUAUUUGUAUAUAAGGCAACAUGACAGUGCUCUGAACUUCUGUAUUUUACUUUAUUUAGAAGCAGAAGCUGACAAAAAUUGAUUACAAGAACAUGGAAAUAAUGUUUUUGGGCAAUGUGACUGUUUUAAAAA